AUGAACUUCCUCCACAGCACUCUCGAUCGACUUCGCGAAUUUACGCCAGUAUCCAAUACCUCUACUUUUCGCACCAACGGACAAAUCACACCUGAAGAAUUCGUAGCAGCAGGGGAUUAUCUAGUCUUCAAGUUUCCAACAUGGUCAUGGGCAGAUGCAUCCCCAACAAGCAAGCGUGCCAGCUAUUUACCGGCUGGCAAGCAGUUCCUAGUUACACGUGGCGUGCCUUGCCAUCGUAGACUCGACGAUGAUUUUGCGGGCGAAGCAGGACAUGACGAAACUGUUGUUGGAGAUGGGGAGGACUUCAGAGGUACCGGUCAUUCGCCGGGUGAUGAUGAAGAUGGUUGGUUGAGGACUGGAGGGUUGGCCGCCAGUCAAGAAGCACGAGCCAGAGAUGUGAGAACGGUAGAUGAAAGUGGUGAGAUGGGCGAAAGAGAAGAUGAUGAGGAUGAUAUUCCAGAUAUGGAGGAUGAAGACGAUGAUGACGAAGCUAUCAUUCGUGACCCUAAAGCCGACAAUGCAAAUUCAUCUCGUCGCACAUAUACUAUUUACAUCGCAUACACGCCCUAUUAUCGAACUCCUAGACUAUACCUAUCGGGGUAUCUCUCAAGCUCCCAACCCCUUCCACCACACCUUAUGAUGGAGGAUAUUGUGGGUGAUUAUAAAGAUAAGACCGUUACAUUAGAAGAUUUCCCAUAUUUUAGCAACAACAUCAAGAUGGCAUCUAUCCACCCUUGCAAACAUGCCAGUGUCAUGAAGACUCUACUUGAUCGCGCAGACGCAGCUCUGAAACUCCGACGAGAGAAGCAAAAACAAGGGAAGACGGUACCCGGAGCUAAAGAUACCGGCAUGGAGGGCCUAGUAGAUGAUUUUGAAAAGACCAAAAUUAGUGAUAAGAAAGCUAUGCUAGAAGGUUUGAAAGCAGGCGGGAACGGAAACGAUGAGUGGGAGGUAUUGCAGCAUGAUCAAGAUUUUGCCAGCGAGGAGGAAGAGGUUGCUAUUCGUGUGGAUCAAUAUCUCGUCGUGUUUUUGAAGUUCAUGGCGAGUGUGACGCCAGGUAUUGAGCAUGAUUUUACUAUGGGUGUUUAA